AGUUAGGACAAAGGAGCGGGGUGGAGCCGCAGCUGGGCAAGUAGAAUGGGCUGGUGGGCGGGAUUGCUGGAUGGGGCUCUUAAAAGAGGCGAAGUUGCGCGUUCCUCGCGCAGUCCCUGCAGGUUCUUUGGCGCCGUUGCGAUGGCUGCUGCCUCGAGGUACGGUCUGGCCGGCAUUGCGGCGCGGCCCCUGGGGGCUUCGGAGCCCGUUGACCUGGGCUCGCUGCGGGGAAAGGUGUUGCUGAUUUCCAACGUGGCUUCGCUCUGAGGCACGACGACCCGGGACUUCACUCAGUUCCAUGAACUGCAGCGGCGUUUCGGUCCUCAGGGGCUCACCGUGCUGGCUUUCCCCUCUAACCAGUUUGGUCACCAGGAAAAUGCCACCAAUGAAGAGAUCCUGAAAUCCCUGAAAUAUGUCCGCCCAGGCAAUGGAUAUGAGCCCAACUUCCCUGUGUUUGAGAAGUGUGAAGUCAAUGGGGAAAAUGCUCACCCUCUUUUCAAGUUACUGAAAGAAUGGUUGCCUUUCCCACAUGAUGAUCCCGUGUCUCUGAUGACUGAUCCAAAGUUCAUAAUUUGGUCUCCUGUGUGCCGCAGUGACAUCGCUUGGAAUUUUGAAAAGUUCCUCAUUGGUCGUGAUGGGGUGCCUUUCAAACGUUACAGCAGGAAAUUUGAAACUAUCAAGAUGCAGGAUGACAUUGAAAAGCUGCUUCAGCAAACCAUCUAGAUUAAACCAGAUAAAAUCUUACUAAAACUUCCCUACCUCAAUGCUUUCAUCUAGGUUUUUAAAAAUACAUAAUGCUACUGUAGGUUUAAAUGUAACUUCCCAUGCUAAAUUAAAUUUAUAAAUCUAGACCAAAAAAACUUUGCAGAAGAUAGUUGCUUAUACAUUGUAGCAGCAAAACUUCUCUGAAAUGCAAGAAUCUGCUAAAUUGCUGUAAUAUAAACUAAACCUAUAACUCUUCCUUAAUCCUUAUGGAAAAGACUUAAGGAUUACUUAAAACAUAUGGGUCUGAAGUUCAUGUACGUUAUGUGUGCCAUUGACCUCUGUGAAGUAGCAGACAAAAAAGUGUAUUUUCAACCAUUUUGAGAACCACUCAAAUGUAGGGGCAUAGAACUAAAGUGUACUCAGGAAAAUUAUACACAGGGAAGUAGAAAUUUUGUCUUUCUGCAUUGCUUGUUUUGCUGUGAUUCAGUAACUGUUUAUUCUGCUAGUAAGAUUCUACUCUCCGUCAAAAUUUUAUUCAUGAUGGUGCUUCUUCUAAAUACUUGAUAAGCACUUGAUGUACUUUUAAAAUUUUGUAUGUGAAGUUGUGGAAAAUUAUAGCAGGUAACAAACCAGCUGCCUCCAAUGCUGCUGUUUCAAUGCUACCAUGCACCAAUAAAAUCUUGAAAUAGUUA